CCUCUCUGCCAUGUCUGAUCUAAGGCAGAGAGUGAGAGAAAGGAAAAGAAGCAGUGAAUAAAGGAGAAAAGGUUGCAUAAAAAAUAAAAAAUAAACAGCUGCUUGGUCGACCAUGUCGUCGUCGGCGUUCGGCGACUUCGGCCCGCUCACCGAGCGCCGCCGUGCCGAGAAGGCGCGGCAGCAGCAGAAGCGCCUCAUGAUUGCCGGAGGAAUCGUCAUCAUCAUUAUAAUCAUUGUCUGUGGCGUCGCCUUCGUGUACAACGGGAAGUCAGGAAAGGACAAGGAUGGCAAAGGGUCAUCCAGCAAGAAGGGCUCGUCCUCAUCAAAGGGUAAGUCCGGCUCCAGCUCCGGCGGCGACGACGACGAGGAAUCCUCUGCAGCGCCGAUGGACCUAAAAGCCGUGUCCAAGACAAUCACGAUACUGUGCAAGCAGACAGACUUCCAGGUCACGUGCCAGGAGAGCCUGAGCAAGGCGGCGAACGCGAGCACCACGUCGCCCAAGGACGUGGUCCGCACGGCCGUGCAGGUCAUCGGCGAAGCGAUCUCGCAGGCGUUCGACCGCGCCGACCUGAUCAUGAGCAACGACCCGCGCGUGAAGGCCGCCGUGGCCGACUGCAAGGAGUUCUUCGAGUACGCCAAGGACGAGCUCAACCGAACGCUCAGUGGCAUGGACGCCAAGGACAGCCUCACCAAGCAAGGGUACCAGCUCCGGGUCUGGCUCAGCGCGGUGAUCGCGCACCAGGAGACGUGCAUCGACGGGUUCCCCGAUGGGGAAUUCAGGACCAAGGUGAAGGACUCGUUUGUCAAAGGGAAGGAGCUCACCAGCAACGCGCUGGCGCUCAUCGAGCAGGCCUCCACGUUCCUCGCCGGCAUCAAGAUCCCCGAGAAGCGCCGGCUGUUGGCCGAGGAGGGCGAGCCGGUCCUCGGGGACGACGGCAUACCGGAGUGGGUCCCCGACAGUGAACGGAGGGUUCUCAAGGGCGGCGGGUUCAAGAACACCAUGACGCCCAACGUGGUGGUGGCAAAGGACGGCAGCGGCAAAUUCAAGACCAUCAACGAGGCACUCGCUGCCAUGCCAAAGACCUACGCUGGAAGAUACGUGAUCUACGUGAAGGAGGGUGUCUACGAGGAGUACGUUGUGAUCACCAGGCAGAUGGCGAACGUGACCGUGUACGGCGAUGGUGCCAAGAAAUCGAUCGUCACCGGCAAGAAGAACUUCGUCGACGGGCUCACGACCUUCAAGACGGCAACCUUCGCCGCGCUGGGCGACGGGUUCAUGGCGAUCGGGAUGGCGUUCCAGAACACGGCGGGCCCGGAGAAGCACCAGGCGGUGGCGCUGCUGGUGCAGUCGGACAAGUCCAUCUUCCUCAACUGCCGCAUGGACGCGUUCCAGGACACGCUCUACGCGCACUCCCAGACCCAGUUCUACCGCAACUGCAUCAUCACGGGCACCAUUGACUUCAUCUUCGGCGACGCGGCGGCCAUGUUCCAGAACUGCAUCAUCACGUUCCGCCGCCCGAUGGACAACCAGCAGAACAUCGCCACGGCGCAGGGCCGCGCCGACGGGCGUGAGGCCACGGGCUUCGUGCUCCAGAAGUGCGAGCUCAACGCCGAGCCGCCGCUCACGGCCCCCGGGCGCCCGCCCAUCCGCAACUACCUGGGCCGGCCCUGGCGCGAGUUCUCGCGCACCAUCAUCAUGGAGUCCGAGAUCCCGGCGCUGAUCGACAAGGCCGGGUACAUGCCCUGGGCCGGCGACUUCGGGCUCAAGACGCUCUUCUACGCCGAGUACGGCAACAAAGGGCCCGGAGCUGACACGGCGGGGCGCGUCAACUGGCCCGGGUACAAGAAGGCGCUCAGCAAGGACGAAGCCACCAAGUUCACCCUGGAGAACUUCCUGCACGCCCAGCCGUGGAUUGACCCGACCGGCACGCCGGUCAAGUACGACUUUUUCGGAUAA